AUGAAUCAUCAUCUUUAUGAAGAAUCUCUUUCACAAGAAUCAUUUUUAUCAUCUUCAUCUUCAACGUGCUCCUCUUCGCCAUCACUAGAAAACCUUCUUGCUGCAGCCAACUCCACCAAGACCACAACAACGACGACUACGCAACCACAAUUUACUCUAAGUCAAGUGCUAUCCAAUCCGAAACUGCUAUGUGCUUUUGAAUGCUUCCUACGUCAAUCUUGGGCACAUGAAAAUCUAUUGUUUAUUGAAGCCAUAACUCAACUAAAACAUGAGACAGACCCACAAGUAGUAGAAUCCAUCCUCCACAGGAUCUAUAAAACGUUUCUUGCUCAAGGUUCACCUUUAGAACUCAACGUUACUACACAAGAAAAAGUUGAAAAGGAUUUAAACACUUUACAAUGGGCUAUUGUGGAUAAAAUAGACGCUGUCACAAUUUUAGAAGAAACAGAAGCACAGGUUCUUGACAUGCUGGAAAUUAAGCUCUCAGAAUUUAUGCAGACAAUGGAUUUCUCAUUGGGGACAAUAAAUCCUGCUAAAAUCAAAAGUGAACAAGUGAGAGUUUGUAUUAUAGGUGGUGGAUUUACUGGUUUUACUGUAGCUUCAAUCCUAGAUCAAAUGCCACGUUUCUAUGUUACAUUGAUCGAUACGAAAGACUCUUUUGAAUAUACCCCUGGUAUUGUUCGAAAAAUCAUCCAUCCAGAGCAAUCAAGUAGUUUACGUGUACGACAUGAUGCCUAUGUUCAAAAUGGUAGAGUCAUCAUUGGUUAUGCCGAAAACCUUGCAAACAAGGGAAAGAGCGUUACUGUAAAUGGUGAAGUGAUCAAAUUCGAUUAUCUUGUAAUUGCCACCGGAAGUUCUUAUUCGUCUCAGCUCAAAUCUAUGGACACAUCUUCUUUAUACCGUACAACUGGCUUGGAGCAAUCCUAUUUGGAGUUACUGAAGGCUCGCAAAGUCCUGAUCAUUGGCGGCGGCCUGGUAGGUUGUGAAUUAGCAUCAGAGAUUUCCCAACAUACAUUUCCUGGUGCAUAUCCAAAAAAAGAAGUUACCUUGGUUGAUUCUCAUUCUAACGUUGUCAGUCGAAGUGAUGUACGUCAGCAAGCCGUCGCUUUGAAAUACUUGGAAGACUUAGGCGUCAACGUUAUUUGCAAUGAAAGAAUCAUUGACUUUGAUUCAAGCAACGCCAAUAUAUAUUUGGGAUCAAGUGGUCGUCUGUAUUCAGGUUACGAUAAAGUAUUUAUUGCGACCGGAACUCGACCCAACACCAGUUUGUUCACUGCAAUGCCCUCGGAUUCCUCGCUUGAAACUUGUAUUGAUGUUUCAGGUCGCAUAAAAGUGAAAUCUACAUUACAAAUUGAUCAUUAUAGAUACAAGCAUAUUUUUGCAGGUGGUGAUGUUACGAACGUUGUGGAAGAGAAAACAGGUUAUGCUGCCACUAUAUCUGGUGUUUGUAUUGCUCGUAAUAUUUGUCGCCUGGUCAAAGGAAAAGCGCCACUUAAACAAGGAACAAAAGGUACACUGCCUGCCCCACAUAAGCCGCUCCACGGUAUGCUGGAACAUGGUGGUAUAGGCAAACAAAAUCUUAACUCCAUAAAAAAACGGUUCUCGUUUCUGAAUCCAUCUUGGGCAGCUUUAAAAUAUUUUGACGAGCAACAAUUUCUCAAAAUUGUUCAAGGACAAGGGACAAUCAACUCAUCCCAAGUGCUUGGACGAUUACCAAGGAAACUCAAUUUGCCUCCUUCAAGCAAUCCUUCAUCGUUAGCAUACCAGCUUUUAAACCAUCCUCAUGAUCGUAAUCAGCAUUUGAAUUCGAAAAGUACACCGACCCCUAAGGCAGUAGCUGCCAACAUGGCUCGACAAAGGAGCUGCCGUCAUGAAAAUGCUCAGAACUUGCAUUGGACUUCUCGCAAUAAGCUACCAACAGAAAAUGACAGCUUCAACGGCUCCUUUGUUACUUCAACGGACAGCAAUAGAAAGGUAGAAGAAGAUUAUACAAAACCACUGGAAGGCUUCCUGUUUGAACAUUUCACUUUCGGUGGGGAAGACCUUCAUUUAUUUACCAACAGUCACCCUGUGGCAUCUGUCUCCCCUAGGGAGAACAAAAUCUAUAAUCACCAUUUAUCGCCUCAACACCACCAACCGACAACCGGAGCAAAAACUGUUGCUAAUACUACAACUAGAAAAAGAUCCAAUACCACAAGAGCAGAAAGCCACCACUCUACAAAUGGAACAACGACAAAUACUGCUUCUACAACUACAGCAGAGUAUAUUAUGCCUACUGUUUACAUACCGCAUCAACUUUCUCCACCGCCACCACCAAGAAAUAGUAGUAGACGACGUAGAAGAGCUAGUCUUUCGUCCUCCUUUAAUGCAUUGUCGUUAACAAGUACCAAAAGUAGCAGUGCUAAUAGCAAAUGUAUGACAGCCGUGCCUUUGACGCGUUCACCAUCUUUCUCAUCUAUUACUUCUCGCUUUUAA